CAUCCCAUUUGCCAGGUAGUCUCGCGAGUUUGACAGGCGUGCUGCGUGAUUGACCGAUGAAGUGCGCGACUGCGAGCGACUUCUGAGUGACAACAAGAGCCGAGGAUUUUAUACUUGGAGAGAACAACCAAGACGAGCCGGAGCUGCCGUCAAUCUUCCUCAGGAGAAACCAUUUGAGAGAAGAACCCUUUAAAUUGACAGAACUGAACUACGCUUGUGUCUUAAAAGAAGUCACUCUUAUCUCAAGGCAGCGCUGUAAGCCCCAAGAACAACAUGACUGGCCGAUUGGGAGAAUAUGGGACGUCCCGCCAUGCUUUUGUCUUCCCCAGGGGACUCUGACGUUUAAUUAGACCCUUGCUGGCCGGAGAGGCUGGGACGGCAGACGUUCUGAUUGGUCCUCAGCUGCUCUGAGGAGCUGUCAGCGAAUCCAGUUUGUGUCAGGCAGCAGAAUUGAGAAUCAUCACAGCUACGCUGAAAAGUCUUCUUCAUAAGAUUCGAGUCACCGCGCUCGUCGUUCCGCAGCCGUCGCAGUACUAAUUGUCUCAGCGGUGCGUCCGCAGAUGCUUUGUCAACGUCUCGCUCGGGCUCCUGAGUGAUCUCCAUCAUGGAGGUGCCGAGGAUGCCUCCGCCUGUGCCCUUACCUCGCACAAUCUUUAAUCCCUCUCGGUCUCUGGGCGCUAAGAAGAACCUCUCCCUGAGCAAGCCAUCACCGGAAGAGGGAAAGAUUCAGGAAGAGAAGGAUCUAGAGGACGAUGCAUUUGGAGAGGAUGAAGAGGAGAAGAGUGCAGAUGUGACCAUUUCUUUAGUGGAGGAGGUGGACAAGAUGGCGGAGGAGGAGAAGGCAGCAAAGGAAAGGGAUGCACAGAGGCAGCUGUUGUCCGUUCAGGAGCUGUUGCAGUCUGAGAGAAAUUACCUAAGAAUGAUGCAGAUCAGCACCUUCACCAUCAGGAGCAACCUGCAAAAAUUACAGCCUCCGUUGGCUAACUUAGACAGCAUGUUCCUGUAUGUGGAGGAUGUGAUGGACGUGUCCAGUCGGCUGAUUAGUCUACUAGAGCAGAAGCAGCUCCAGCCCGGAGAGCCGCUCUUCCUCGAGGCACUGUGUGACGCGUUCCUCAGCCUGUCCUCUGAUAUCGAGGCAGCAUACAAGGAGUACCUAGCCAACUACAAUCGUGUCACCAUGGUGGAGAACUCCUAUAAACAGAAGGAGGCGCUGUGGGACCAGAUUGUCAACGUCAUCAAGACAUCAGCGCCUGAAGUGAACGCCAGCUCGCUGACUUUCUUCCUGGUGAUGCCCGUGCAGCGCAUAGCCCGCUACCCUCUCCUCCUGCAGACAAUCCAGAAGCACACGGACACACAGCACCCGGCGUACCCGCUGCUGGAAAAGACGGCACACACCUCCGUCGCCAUAAACUGUCACAUCAACGAGUUCAAGCGCUUCCGGGAAGUCGCCGACAAGUACAAAAAGAGUGAAACGCUGAGCAUCAUGGACAAGAUCAAUCGCUUGAAUUCGCACAGCAUCGCUAAGAAAACAGCCAGGAUCGGCCAGUUCAUCAAACACGAGACAGGCAUGGUUCCCAAGCUAGUGGAUGAGGAGUUUGAUGCACUCGAGGACUUCUUUAAUGUGCUUGAGCAUGGCAUCUUGCAGCUACUGGACAAUGUGGAGCUCUACCUCCAUCACCUCCAGACUUUCCUGGACUGCAAAACGGAGGAGUUUGACCUGGACAUGGAUGGCGAGAAGGUGCUCAUUUGCUAUAAGGAGAUCACCACUGGACUCAGACAGUGGAUCCUGCCUGAAUUUGAAAAGAGGAUGAGGACGUUGAUCCACAAACCUUUGUGUGCACUACGUGACCUCCUGGCAGGCCCAAGGAACUUGAUCCGUAAGAGGCUGCACAAGCUACUUGACUAUGAAGUGAUUGAGGCAAAACCUUCCCUGAGCUACGACGAGCAGGCCAUUGCCAACACGUAUAGGACAAUGAACACGUUGCUGCUCAACGAGCUUCCCAAGUUCAACACCUUGGCGUUGCAGAUGAUCUGGAGCAUGUUGGGAACGUUCAGCUGCCUCCACAAAGACCUUGCCUCUGACUUGCAGCAGCUCUUCCAGAGUUUCGCUCAACAGCUUCCUCACAGCUCUUUAAACACUGCUGCAUUCUGGGAGUGGGCUGAGACGACAGUGCUCGAAGGGGCGAGGAGGCUGGAUACUUUGGGUCAAAAUGUGGAAGAGACGCUAUUGCGGCCCUCCUCUCUGCCAUUAAACUCGUCCUCGCAGCAGCGACUCCAGCAGUUGACGAACAAGCACAGUUCCGACAAGAUAUACCAGGUGCUGAGCGCCGUGGUGGGCAGCCGAGACCUGGACCUCAACCUCGCCAAGGGAGAACUAGUGGCCGUCAUCAGUCAGGCAGACACCCGCGGAGACAAACGCAGAUGGCUCGUGGAUGCUGGAGACAGACGAGGCUAUGCGCCGGCCUCCAAGUUGACCCGCUAUCACCAGGCCGAGGAGGAGCCUCCACCCUCGCCCCAUCUGAACCUCCCGCAGGUUACCGGUGGCUUCAGAAGACACUCGUACACGUCCGAACUCCCACACACGACUGCAACAGCCACUCGGCUGGCUUUCAGUCAGCCAUGCUUACAGGUGUUUGCGAUGUAUGGCUUCACAGCACGAGGGAACCACGAAGUUUCUGUGGCGGCAGGCGACCCGGUCCAUGUGCUAGAGCCUCACGACAAGCGGGGCAACCGUGAGUGGAGCCUGGUGGAGGUGCGAGGUCGGCAGAGGGGCUAUGUGCCCUCCAACUACCUGGCCGUGGCCCCCAUCCAGAGCGCGCUAACCUCCUGCCAACCAUUCUGCUAGCACAUCUGCCGUGGGCGCUCGUGUGCAAAAGGUUAGCUGCCAUCAUCAACCAUAAAGAAAUAGAUGUGUGUUAAAGACUGGCUGCACACACUAAACAAAACACUGGUUACAACUCAUCGAACCACGGCGGGGGGGGGGGGGGGUUCACGACAGAAAAAAUGAAAAGGCAAAACCAAGUCUAGCAGUCAAAAUACAAAUUAAUGUAUACAGACAAGAACCAGGUUAAAAAAAAAAGUAACUGUGUCAACCAGUCGAAAGAACGUUCAAAAACGUAGUAAGCAAUUAAGUCAAAUUCUGUCAAAAAAAAGUAAAUAGGUUUUCUUGGUUUUAGAUAUUGUUCUUGACAUUUUAUGACUCUUUUAGAUAAGUUCUGUCAUGAUUUCUGAUUUGUUUCUUCACUCUUAACUGGUUCUUGCCUUGGUUUUCGAGUUGGAUUGGACUAUUUAUUGCUUAUUUUUGGGGAUUCUUUCGAUUGGUUCUUUGACUUUGUUUUUGACUAUUCAUGAGUUUUUACUUGUUACCUGUUUUUUGGUUGUUACCUUUUUGAACAAAGUCUUUGUUUUUUUUAACUUCAUCUUUGACUGUUUUUAGGCUAAUUCUUGACUUGGUUUUUGAGUGAUUCUUGAAAUGUUUACAUAACUGUUGCUCAAGUCUUUUUGACUUGGUUUUAACUGUUAACUGUUCUGGGCUACUUGUUUUUUUUUCUUUUUUU